GAGAAAUUACUGCUGGCAAGUUGGGAAACUCUUGUCAGUCGAACUAGUUCACGCAGCAAAAGCACAAUGAUCCCUGCUUUGGAGCUUAAAUUGAUAACAAUUUUGUUUUUCGCCUCUGUGGUCUCUGCCCAAUAUGGAACUCAACUGCAGCCCCCCGAUUACAGCUACUCUGGUCAAAAUGGACCAUUAACUUGGGCACAAAAGUAUGAUUCCUGCAACGGACAAAAACAAUCCCCGAUUGACAUUACAACCAGCUCGGCGACCAAAAUGGAUUUUCCACCACUUAAUUGGACCGAUUAUAUAGACCCUGCGCGCUCUUGCACACUAAUGAACAAUUGGCAAGGAGUUCAGUUAAUGUUUCCCCCGGGAUCAGAAGCCAGACUCCGAGGAGGACCACUGGCAUCGGAUUAUGUUUUAUCCUAUGUGAUUUUCAAGUGGGGAAAUGAGCUCGGAAGUGAACAUUCCAUUGAUAAAUAUUUUUAUGGAUUGGAAGCGCAAUUAGUGCACUUCAAAAAAUCGGCCGUAAGUAUAGAUGCAGCUUUGAACCAACCGGACGGUUUGGCAAUUGUUUCCAUCAUGUUUGGGAUAAACCUGAAAUCAAAUUUGAGCGACUUGGAUCCGGUAGUUAGUAAUUUAAAAAGUGUUACCACUGGCGGAUCUACCCAAGAUCUUCCUAGCGGAAGGUAUAUGAACUGGCUCCGAAAAUAUAUUAACUCGGAUUGCGGCUGCACUAAAGAGACCUAUUACACUUACAUGGGUUCCGUGACCAACCCCCCUUGCUCGGAAAAUGUGAUCUGGAUCAUCAUGGCAAACCCCCUACCAAUUGGACAAAAUCAGUUAAAAGAAUUUCAGAAGGUAAAGGGUAUUGCAGAUGCAAUGGUGGCUGAAAACAAGAGACCUCUUCAGCAAGUUAACGGCCGAAAACUGCAAUACAAACAGGGAUCGGGAAUUCCUAUGUCUCAACCUCUAAUGCUAGUACCCAUACUGUUUUUAAUCAAGGCUUUUUAAAUUAAUAAUUAUAAUAAAGCGUGUUUGUUACAU